AUGCUCGCGCAGCUCAUCCGGCCGCUGCCCGUCGACACCUUCUUCCGUGAGGUGUGGGAGAAGGAGCCGCGGGUCUUCCACGCAGCGCUUGCCGCUCACCCGGCGCCCCUCAGCUGGGAGGUUCUGGAUGAGGUGCUCCUUCGGACCUUGGCGCCGGGCUGCCCCGAAGAGGCAGAGCUGGUGGUCUACAAGGACCUGAAGCCCUGCGAGGACUAUUCAUCUCCGACAGCUGCCUAUCUGGAUGGCGCCUCGAUCAUCGUGAACCACGUGGAUAAGCUCUGGAGGCCGGUCUUCGACUUGUGCCGUGCCUUGCGCGAGUUUCCCUCACUGUAUGCGAACUGCUACGUGACCCCGCGAGCAUCGCAAGCAGCCCCGCCGCACGCCGACGACCGGGAUGUCUUGGUGUUUCAGCUUGAAGGCGCAAAGCACUGGAAGAUUUACGGCGAGCCCCCGGUUUAUUUGCCGUACCCCAGCGAGCAGGUUGGUAAGAAUGGCCUCAAGGUUCCGCGGAGUCUCCUGGACACAGAGCCUGUUUUCGAGGGAGCCCUGAAUGUUGGGGACGUCCUCUACGUCCCGCGCGGCCUUGUGCAUGAAGCCGCUACGCAGGACGAGGCGUCGCUUCAUCUAACGGUUGCCGUGCCGACGUAUGACUGGACCGUUUCGCGGGUUCUGUGCGAUGCCCUGCAAGCCGCGCUGGAUGGGCCUGGGGGCAAAGAGGACCAGGCCAUGCCCGGCAUCUUUGACAAGGCACGCUUGCGGGAGAUCCUGGAGCACCUCGAUCUCAACCAAGCGCAGGCCAUCUUCCGGGCAAAGAACGCGCAUCACAACGAGAGACAAGAAGAGGCGCUGAAAUCUGCAGAGUCAUGCUCCAUUGCGCGCCUGCCAGUGACGAGCUCCACUGAGCUUUGCUGGCAUAGCGGUGUGGGAACGGUGGAUGGCUUUGAAGAUGUCUUUUUCGUGGCGCCAGAUGGAACAGAAUUCGAUCUGAACCGACUCUUGCAGAUGCUACCAAAGGGCCGCCCCCUUCGACCGGCUGAUGUUUGCAGCCAUGGUCAGCGCGCGAAGAGGAGGCGCGUUGCCGAAGUCUCCCAACAGCGACCAAAGGAAGAGUUGUCGCCGGACUUGACAGGCCUUGCCUUGAUCCAGGCGGCUGGCGAACAGGCCACGCAGCCGGAGUUCGUGGCCUUGGCGUCGCGCAGCCCGUGGAUCCCUCAGCUGCGAAUCUUCGACCCUGCGCCGGAGGAGAUGUCCGAAUGGUCGACAGAUGGAGGCGAAGUUGAGCCAACAGCCGAGUCAUGUGACCUUGUGUGUGGCCCCUCUCUCCCGGAGAAUGCCAAUGCUUCCACUCAACAUCCCGGCUCCGUCAAGACUGAGCACGAGCACACCAAGCCGGCCAUGAAGCCAACAAGUCAGGGGCGAGAUGCUGACAAUCGCAAAAGCUCCGCGAAGCCAGUCAUGGAGCAAUCGCACCUCGAGUUCUUGCAGUUCCUGCCGAGCAACCCAGCGAGUGACGAUGGUGGAUGUGAAUGUGGCACUUUCCCAAGCGAGACAGCACCAUCCGGAAUGUCAGCACACCGUGAGAAGCAAAGUGGUGUAUCAGCAUCAGAGGCAAAGCAGCAGACUCUUGGAGUCACCAAGAGGAGGACCUCGAGGAGAACCUCGCCUUUGCGCCCAGGCCUCGUCACAGAGGCAAGACAAGCUUCGGGAGAAGUCCCCUCCCCGCCCGAUGCGGGACGUUUGCGAAUUCGCAUCACACCACAGCACUUCAGCCGCUUGGGUACCACCUUUCGGCAUGUGCAAGUGAACUUCUCGCCCGUCCACUUUGCCAUCCAAGCUGUUGACUGCGCAGGCUAUGCCUGGACAGCUUGUUCGAACAUGAUGCCAAGGUGCCUGGCAGUGGAUCGAUGCAGGUACAAGAUCGACCCCAAUGGCAAGGAUGUGCUUGUUACUCUGUGCACCGCCGACGAGGGUCGUCAGGCUUGGAAAUGCCUGAAACGUCUUGAGCUGUUCCUGGCAUACCAGACUGAAAAUCAGGUCGGUGACAGCAAGAACAGCUUCACCUAG